UAAUGAUGUUAUUUAUUGCUUACACUCACCUUAUGUACUAAUUCCUUCAAGGUGAGGCAGAAUGUCAAUAAUUGCUCCAUAAUGAAAUCGGGGGAUCACGAUCUUACGCCACCCCGAUAGAGUAUAGUUGAUCUUGAGUCUUAUGCAUGUACCAUGAUAAGCAUAUUAUGAUAAGCAUAUUAUUAUAAGUAUUUUUGAUGAGCAUGUCAUGAUCAUAUUACACCGCGCCUAGUUGGCCGGGCAGUCACCGCCAAGGCGGGCAGCUAUACGGAUACACCAUGACCUUUUGGCAUGGGCAGACACCACUAGUGGGCGGCAUGAGAUGGUACCCAGGACGCGGGAGGCCUGGACGCGGGCUAAUGUUAUUGAUUAUCACACCGUUCCGAUAUGGACGGGCAGCUUGCAUAUUAUGCAUUUAUGAGAUUAUGAUGAGUAUGAGUAAGACAGCAUGCAUUACUUCUUUUAUGAUUGUCAUUCAGAUUCAGAUGUUUCAUAUUGAUGUUCACAUUAUAUUAUCACUGUCUUUCUUCAUUGUUUAUGCCUCUCAUACUCAGUACAAUGUUCGUACUGACGUCCGUUUUCUUUGGACGCUGUGUUCAUGCCCACAGGUAGACAGGGAGGUGAGUUUGGUCCAGACCCUUAGUAGCUGUCAGCUGAUUGAGAGCACUCCAUUGUCCGGAGGUGCUUAUGAUUCUUCUUUUGGUAUAUAUGCAUAUUUUGGGCACGACGGAGUCUUGUUCCGUCUAUAUGUUUAGUAUGUCAGUAGAGGCUCGUAGAUACGCAGUAUGGGUCAGAUGGUCUCACAAGAUGUUAUUAUUAUGUAUAUAUUAUUUUGAUGGCCGAGAGGCAAUUGUAUAUAAGUAUUUAUGUUUCUAUAUAAAAUAUGAUUUUCCUACAAUUCGUGUAUAAAAUUGGUAAAAGAGCACUAAAUGAGUAAGAUGGGUAUUAGAGCGAGUGGUGCUCGGUGGCUAGCCCCGGGUACCCGUCACGGUCCCUAGCUGGGUCGUGACAGAAGUGGUAUCAGAGCAGUUCAGUCCUAGGAAGUGUUUAUGAGCCGUGUCUAGUAGAGUCUUGUUUAUGGUGUGUAGCGCGCCACGCUAAUAAACAAGAGGCUACAGGGCAUUUAGGAAAAAUGACCGUCUUUCAUCUUAAGAGAUCGUGCGAUAGAGCCAAGUUAAGGAUGCAACUAUCUAAUCUUUUCUGUUUAAUUUUCAGCAAUGCCUUUGAGAAAGAAGAAGAAAGUCAGCACAAUACUAGGCGCUACAGGAGAAGGCACCAGCCGAGAGCCCCCGGUUGAACUAGGACAUAGUAAGUCUCAGAGUGUCACUCCCUCGCAUGCUACCUCAAUUCCUCCAGUAGCAGAAGAGCAUGAAGAGGUCUCCACUCCAGCUCCAGUGCAUCCAGUCCCUCCAUCGGUUGCUUCGGGUCAACAAGUGACCGAGGCCAUCCAUUUACUGACACAAUUGGUUGCCGCCCAGGCACAGCGGCAGAAUGCGAGUUCAAGUGAUCAGUCACCUAGUACUAGAGCUCGUGAUUUUAUGAGUCUGAAGCCUUCGGAGUUUUUUGGGUCAAAGCCAGAUGAAGACCCGCAAGGUUUUAUUGAUGAGACGUUAAGGACAUUGAAAGUUAUUCAUGCCUCCGAGACCGAGUCUGUGGAGUUGGCCUCUUAUAGACUCCGCAAUGUGGCGGUAUUAUGGUACAACAAUUGGAUGGCAUCAAGGGGAGAGAAUGCACCCCCUCCGGUUUGGCAGGAAUUUGUGGAUGCCUUUAUCCGUCACUAUCUGCCACCCGAGGUCCGCCGAGCUAGAGCGGAUAGAUUUCUAAAUUUGAGGCAAGGAAAUAUGAGUGCUCAAGAGUAUAGCUUGCAAUUUAAUUCCUUAGCCCGGUAUGCCCCGACUAUGGUGGCCGACAUAGGGGAUCGUGUGUAUAGAUUUAUGAGUGGUUUGGGUCCACACUUAUUCAAAGACUGUCUGACAGCCUCUUUGCAAGCAGGGAUGGACAUUGCCCGUAUACAAGCUCAUGCUCAGAAUCUAGAAGGACAACAACCUCCGCAAAAGGGUGACCGGGAUAUUGAUCGAAGGCAAAACAAGAGGGCUAGAUCGAUGGGAGCAAGCAGUGAAUAUAAAGGGGGAUCAAGGCAAAACUAUUCUAGUCACUCAGGUCAAUUGGUGACUAGUGUACCUCCACGAGUUGCAAGCCAGGGGUACGAUUUCUCUAGUCAUCCCAGAUCAGAUCAUAGUUUUAUAGAGUCGGGCUCUCGGUAUAGGGGAGAUUAUAGCCAGAAAAGACCCUCAGCACCGCGGUGCAGUCAGUGCGGUAGACUACAUUCCGGACGGUGUCUCCAGGGAUCAGAUGCUUGUUACGCCUGUGGCCAAGUUGGGCACAUGAUGAGAGAUUGCCCAUCGAUGAGUGGUGGAGUUGGGACUCAGCCCACAGGAUCAGCGGCCGGUUCUUCUUCGGUGCGCCCAGGAGGCCAGACUCCCUCGAUUCCAGCAGGCCGAGGUAGAGGCAGGGGGGAGCAUCUACUUCAGGUGCCACUCAGCCCCGUAUAUAUGCUCUAGCGGAACGACAGAAUCCAGAGUCAUACCCCGAUGCCAUCACAGGUACAUCUGCACCUUUGAAAUGAAUAUUUGUAAUAUUAAGCAAGUAUGAAUUGAGAGGUUUUAUGCUAUGUAGCGACGGUAAUCGAUAAAGUAUGUUUUGUGGUAUUAAUAAUGUUUAUAUAUAUCCUUGAGGACAGUAUUGAUCCAUCACCCGUAAUCUUUAUAAAAUACCUUUUUAAAAGUACUACCGAUGGGACUUAAAGGGUAUUGUAGGGACGAUGGUACUUAAGUUUUAAGGAAGUAUUGGGAGCGCAGGACUAGUUUAACAUUCGAGGACGAAUGUUCUAAAGGGGGAAGGAUGUUACAUCCCGUGUUUCCAUGCGUUGGAAAGUGUACGAGUUAAAUGAUAUUAGUAAUGGACACGAGGUUAUCCCCCAAGGUUAUAGGUGAUUAGAUUAAUGGUGCAGAUGUGUUAUAAAUAUCAAAAGUUAAACAAAUAGAAGAAAAUAAGUUUCGUCGAGGUUUAAAAUUUAUUUGAGUGAAAUACGGUCCAAGCUAUGAUAUUCUGUAUUUUGGACUAGGAAAGUGAACCGUCCAACAUGAGGAAACUUAUCUGAAUCCGGAGAAUUUGGUUAUAUUUAAACAUGAAAAACAAGAAUUUGGUAUAUGUGAGAAAUGAAGUCCAAAAAUAAUUUGGGCCUUAACAAGUGUAAUGACGGUGAUUGGAAAUUAUAUUUUAUGUAUGGCAAACGAGGCUGUGGACUAGUGUUAUAUUACAUGGUCAAGAUAGUGGGUAUAUGAAGUAUAUAAAAAAAUGAAUAAAUGAUUACUUUUUAAAUAGAUUGAGAUCAAGAAAUUAAUUAUAUAGGCAAUCGAUUAAAUGAUGGGAUAAAGUGGGAAAGCAAGGAAUUAAUAAUGGUAUUAAUUAUCAUUACAUGAAUAGGUGUCAAUUGGAGGUAUGCACGUGUAAUAAAGGGAAAUAACUAGCAAAUGACUAUGCUAAGUAUAAGAUGGUUAGGUGGAAACCUCUUGGAAUUUAUCUGCAAGGUCAUCAUUUAUUGUAGGACCCGCAUUCCACUAAGAAAGACUUGAUUGCUAUAUGAAUUAGAGAUGAUAUGUCUUGUACGACUAAGGAUUGGGGCACCAACAAAAUUAUGCAAGUACAAAAAUAUAUUUCCAUUUUGGAGAGGUUGUACGUGAGUUUCUACUUUGAGGCAGCAACAAAAAUAUAUACGUCCAAUCUUAUAUAUUUCUAUUUUGGAAAGGACACUGUUAUAUUUCGUAUUUUUGUACGUCAAAUUAUUCGUAAGCUAAUCGACAUAAGUUAAAGACGAGAGAUAUGAAAUAAAGUGCUUUUAAUACUCGAUUUUAAUUAAUGCACGAUUUAUUAUAAAUUGAGGUAAAAAAAUAUUAAUGGAGGUUGGGGAUUGAUUAAAUAUGAUUUAUCAAUGUUAGUGGAUAGAAGACCAAUUGGUUUGGUCCAAGUGCUUGGUACGUGUACCAUUCUUGUAUACUUAGACAAAUGGGACAAUAAGACCCUAUGGGUCCCACAAGAGAAUGAUAAUGUUUAUAAGAAUGGUGGAAGAAAUAAUUACAUGGUUGUAUCAUUCCUUUUGGAUAAAUAAGUUGGAAAGGGCCAAAGAAAACGUAGCAGCAAACAUUUCCAAUUUGGAGGAUCCAUUAUAAUAAAACUGUUCUUAGUUUUGAAGUCCAAUUGCUCUAGGCCAAGCAUUUGUUUUGGAGACGCUAUUUCGACAAGAAUUUCAAGUAUGCAAGAGUGAAAAUUAAGGUUUUCCUCCACCUAUUGAGGUAACGACGUGACAUUGGGGGAGGGCAAAUGAAUGAUAACAUAGCUAAACGACAAAGGUAUGUGAGGCUAGUCCUUUCUUUCUAAUGGCAUGAAUCCUAUAGCAUAAGUUCUUUUCCUCUUCAUGAGUUCCUAUUUUCCGGAAAGCUAGAAGCCUAAGUCCAUAAAUGCCUAUAUAAGAUAAGAUAUAUGAUAUGAUGAUGCCAUAUUGAUAAUGAUGUUAUUUAUUGCUUACACUCACCUUAUGUACUAAUUCCUUCAAGGUGAGGCAGAAUGUCAAUAAUUGCUCCAUAAUGAAAUCGGGGGAUCACGAUCUUACGCCACCCCGAUAGAGUAUAGUUGAUCUUGAGUCUUAUGCAUGUACCAUGAUAAGCAUAUUAUGAUAAGCAUAUUAUUAUAAGUAUUUUUGAUGAGCAUGUCAUGAUCAUAUUACACCGCGCCUAGUUGGCCGGGCAGUCACCGCCAAGGCGGGCAGCUAUACGGAUACACCAUGACCUUUUGGCAUGGGCAGACACCACUAGUGGGCGGCAUGAGAUGGUACCCCGGACGCGGGAGGCCUGGACGCGGGCUAAUGUUAUUGAUUAUCACACCGUUCCGAUAUGGACGGGCAGCUUGCAUAUUAUGCAUUUAUGAGAUUAUGAUGAGUAUGAGUAAGACAGCAUGCAUUACUUCUUUUAUGAUUGUCAUUCAGAUUCAGAUGUUUCAUAUUGAUGUUCACAUUAUAUUAUCACUGUCUUUCUUCAUUGUUUAUGCCUCUCAUACUCAGUACAAUGUUCGUACUGACGUCCGUUUUCUUUGGACGCUGUGUUCAUGCCCACAGGUAGACAGGGAGGUGAGUUUGGUCCAGACCCUUAGUAGCUGUCAGCUGAUUGAGAGCACUCCAUUGUCCGGAGGUGCUUAUGAUUCUUCUUUUGGUAUAUAUGCAUAUUUUGGGCACGACGGAGUCUUGUUCCGUCUAUAUGUUUAGUAUGUCAGUAGAGGCUCGUAGAUACGCAGUAUGGGUCAGAUGGUCUCACAAGAUGUUAUUAUUAUGUAUAUAUUAUUUUGAUGGCCGAGAGGCAAAUGUAUAUAAGUAUUUAUGUUUCUAUAUAAAAUAUGAUUUUCCUACAA